UCUCGGCCAGCGAGGAGCUCACUUCUUUCAGCUUUUCUGAGGUUGCAAAGUCCACUGUCACCAUGUCCGACACCGAGGAAGUCGAUCAGGAAUACGAUGCCGUAGAAGAGGAAGUAGUAGAGGAAGUAGAGGUGGCCCCUGAGGCGGCUCCUGAGCCAGAACCAGAACCAGAGGUAGAGCCAGAACCAGAACCAGAGGCUGAGCCUGAGUAUGAAGAGACCUUGGAAGAGGAAGAGGAGAAGCCAAAGUUCAAGCCGAGCGCUCCAAAGAUACCCGAUGGGGAGAAAGUGGACUUUGAUGACAUCCAGAAGAAGCGUCAGAACAAGGACCUGGUGGAGCUGCAGGGCCUGAUCGAUGCCCACUUUGAGUGCAGGAAGAAAGAAGAGGAGGAGCUGAUCGGCCUGAAGGACAGGAUUGAAAAGCGUCGCGCUGAGAGAGCCGAGCAGCAGAGAGUCCGCGCUGAGAAGGAGAAGGAGCGCCAGGUCAGACGGGAGGAGGAGAGGCGGAUCAGAGAAGAGAGUGACAUCAAGAAGAAGCAUGACGACGACGCCAAGAAGAAGUCGGCUCUGACCAGCAUGGGCUCCAACUACAGCAGCCACCUGCAGAAGGCCGACCAGAAGAGAGGAGGAAAGAAAGAGACUGAGAGAGAGAAGAAGAAGAAGAUCCUGGCCUCCAGACGCAAGCAGCUGAACAUCGACCACCUGAACGAAGACAAGCUGAAGGAUAAGAUCUCCGAGCUGCAUGAAUGGAUGACCCAGCUGGAGUCUGAGAAGUUCGACCACAUGGAAAGACUGAAGAGGCAGAAAUACGAGGUUACCACCCUGCGUAAGAGAGUGGAAGAGCUCAGUAAAUUUUAUAGCAUCACAGAGCCCGGGGUCAGGGGUCAGGGGUGUGAGCGAGCGCUCCGACAGGUGCUCACGUUCAGGAACCGCAUCGAUGAGCUGCAGAAGCACAGCAAGAAGGGAGCGGCCGCCCGCCGCAGGAAGUAG